CUGUCUUAUCCUAGUAAGUUUUUUUCUAUUGUUGCAUUUCUUGCAAGUUUUAUGAGAGCGAGAGAGUGUGUUUGUCUUCUUUUUUAAAAAUGAACUUUCAGAAAUUUUUUGUUGAGGUUUCAGUCUAUUUUCAGCUUUUCUCGAUAGACCUCAUAGAUUAUUCUGAAUAGACGAAACAGUUAUAUUUUUCAGAACUGGAAAUGAAAAAAGUGUUUUCAAUUCUACUUCUUGCCGUCGUGGCAUUGUCGCGCGCUGAAGAAGCAACCGAAGAGAAAAAAGAGGAUCUUGGAACAAUUAUUGGUAUUGAUUUGGGAACAACGUAUUCAUGUGUUGGAGUUUUCAAAAAUGGAAGAGUUGAAAUCAUCGCCAAUGACCAAGGAAAUCGUAUCACACCAUCUUAUGUCGCUUUCACUGGUGAACAAGGAGAACGAUUGAUUGGUGAUGCCGCCAAGAAUCAAUUGACUAUCAAUCCAGAAAACACAAUUUUUGACAUCAAACGUUUGGUUGGAAGACAAUACAAGGAAAAAGUUGUGCAAGAAGAUGUUAAAUUGUGGCCUUUCAAGGUAAUUUAUUCAAACUUACGUAGAUUUAUUGAAAUCAAAUAUUUUUUAUAGAUUGUUGACCGUGGAAACAAACCACAUGUCGAAGUCAAAGUUGGUUCCGAAAAGAAACAAUUCUCUCCAGAAGAAGUGUCAGCGAUGGUUCUUUCAAAGAUGAAGCAAAUUGCCGAAUCUUACCUUGGCCACGAGGUGAAAAACGCAGUCGUCACUGUUCCAGCAUAUUUCAACGAUGCUCAAAGACAAGCGACUAAGGAUGCUGGAACAAUUGCUGGUCUCAAUGUUGUUCGAAUCAUCAACGAACCAACUGCUGCCGCAAUUGCCUAUGGUCUUGACAAGAAAGAUGGGGAAAGAAAUAUUCUUGUUUUCGAUUUGGGAGGUGGUACUUUCGAUGUUUCUCUUCUUACAAUUGAUAAUGGAGUAUUCGAAGUAUUGGCAACGAAUGGAGAUACUCAUUUGGGAGGAGAAGAUUUCGAUCAAAGAGUUAUGGAAUACUUCAUCAAAUUGUAUAAGAAGAAAACUGGUAAAGACUUGAGAAAAGAUAACAGAGCUGUUCAAAAGUUGAGAAGAGAAGUUGAAAAAGCCAAGAGAGCAUUGUCAACACAACAUCAAACUAAGAUUGAGGUUUGUUGGAAACUGAAUAGCUUGGAAUUUCCAAAAAUGUAUUUUUCAGGUUGAAUCAUUGUUUGAUGGUGAAGAUUUCUCCGAAACUCUUACCCGUGCCAAAUUCGAAGAACUCAACAUGGAUCUUUUCCGCGCUACAUUGAAGCCAGUUCAAAAAGUUUUGGAGGACGCUGAUAUGAAGAAAACCGAAGUGCAUGAAAUUGUUUUGGUUGGAGGAUCGACAAGAAUUCCAAAGGUUCAACAAUUGAUCAAAGACUUUUUCGGAGGAAAAGAACCAUCACGCGGUGAGUUUAUAGUUUUGUUCUUCUAAAAAUUAUAGUUUCUCAAUGUUUUGUUUUUCAGGAAUCAAUCCAGAUGAAGCUGUUGCCUAUGGUGCUGCGGUUCAAGGAGGUGUUAUUGGAGGAGUUGAUAAUACCGGAGAUGUUGUUCUUCUUGAUGUCAAUCCACUCACUCUUGGUAUCGAAACUGUUGGAGGAGUCAUGACCAAAUUGAUCACCAGAAACACUGUCAUCCCAACCAAAAAGAGUCAAGUCUUCUCGACUGCUGCCGAUAACCAAAAAGCUGUUACCAUUGUUGUUUACGAAGGAGAACGGCCAAUGGUCAAAGACAAUCAUCAAUUGGGAAGCUUUGAUCUCACUGGAAUUCCACCAGCUCCACGAGGAACACCACAAAUUGAGGUGACCUUUGAAAUUGAUGUUAGCGGUAUUUUGCAUGUUAGCGCUGAAGAUAAGGGAACUGGAAAUAAGAAUAAGAUCACCAUCACGAAUGAUAAGAACAGAUUGAGUCCGGAAGAGAUUGAGAGAAUGGUCAAUGAUGCGGAUAAGUUUGCUGAGGAGGAUAAGAAGACAAGAGAGAAGGUUGAGGCUAGAAAUGAGUUGGAGCAAUAUAUUUGGAGAUUGAAAGCUUUGCUCAAGGAUGAAAAUGGUCAAGCCAACGAUUUGAGCGAAGAACAAAAGAAGGAUUUGGAUGAGGAACUUGAUAAGGCAAACGAAUGGCUCGGAGAGAAUCAAGAUGUUUCGCCAGAAGAGUAUGCUGACAAAAAGAAGGUUGGUUUGACUUGUUAUAUUUUUCUGCAAAUUCAAUACUGUAUAUAUUUUUUUUAGGAACUUGAAACUUUGUUCGAAUCCAUCGCCACUCCAUCGUCAUCUUCUUCAGCCGAACCCGAAUCAGCCGAUCAUGAAGAACUAUAA